UUGCCUCUUGUGAUCAAGGCAAUGUUGCUUUGGGCUCCAUGAAAGGCGAUGGAUAUCUUGAAAAUGUGGAAGGCGCUCUUGGUGACUGUGUGCAUAGGGCUUCCAGUUGCACAAUGCGACUUGGAGUGCUACUCUUGUAUGAUGGAUGGUGGCGAGCAGGACAGAUGGUGCUUGACUAAUCCGGCAGGCGUCAGCACCAGCACGGUCAGUUGUCCGUACAAUUACUGUUCCAUCGUACGGCACGAGUAUGCUAAAGGUAGCCUAUUCACAUUUUACCGUGGCUGCUCGAGUGGGGGUGCACAGGGAGUGGCAGUAGUCAGCAACUUCAAGGUGUACACCAGACUCUGCAGUACCAGUCUGUGUAAUGACUGGGAUGGCGUUGCAGAGAACUCAACUGUGGACCAUAGGGGUUCUGGGGACCAGGACUAGAGCAAUUGUUCUCAAAGAUUCAUCCUAUUACUGCACCUUCUAAGUCAACUACAUACUAAAAUUUUGUCUCCUAUAUUUGCAACAAUGCUAAUGUAUACAAUCAUCAUGCUUGGUGCAGAAUCAUCUUCCUUCAACUCUGUCCUGACAUUACAAAUGUCUGAUGUCUGGAUAUGCAGAAUUAUUUACUUCUAAUCAUAUACUCUUAAAUUCAUUCUUUUUUUGGACUAAAAGGUUGGCAACUCAGAAGCUUUAAAUUUCAAUUUAAAUAAUCAAUGACCAUCUUGUCUGCCUAUCGUGUAAUUAAAUGGGAUAAUUCCAAACUUUUUGUCUUUACAUUUUCAUCCAUAUGUUAAUAUUUUCUGGAAUGCAAAGAAGAUUAGUCAAAAUCUGCAAAAAACGGAAUGCUGUAAAUUUUAAACAUUUUAUAAUUUGUGUAUAUUUAAAGAAGACAGCUCACCUGAGCCUUUUGUUCCAGAAAAUAUGUUACCAAGAUGAGUGUGGUAGGAUGGGGAGAUGGAUCUACACCUCUUGCCUUGUAGAAUGACAACAUUCUAAUCAAAAUUCUGUAUUAGUACUGUAGUUUUUAUGUGUAUUGUCCUCAUUUGUAUAUUCCUCACAAAUCAUCUGAUGAUGGAUAUCUGGGUCAAAACGUGUAAGUAGAAUAACAAAAAAUUUCUUUCUGUGAAGGUAAACCGUACAAUUUUAUUUUUAAAAAUUUUAGUGCCUGGAUUAUGGUCCAGGCUGUGACCAAAUACAAAGUUCACACAGACAAUAUACACAGUAAGUGGCUUUCCUGUGUUUCUUCUGAUAAGUGUCUGAAUUACAGGGGAUGGACAAAAAUAUGGAAACACCCAACAAAAAACACGUUACCGACUAAUAUGGUGUAGGACAAACUC